AAUACUAGCACUCGAAUUCUUUUCAUUUACUUAUACUUGGUUCGAUCAUAUGAAGCUUCUUUCGCAACUAUAAGAAGAAUAUAAAAUUUCUAUAUUGAAAAUGAGCAAUAUUCUUACGGCGAAUAUUAUAAAUCUAACCCGCAAUUCUACCGAGAGUUUCAUAGUCAAGUACCUGCCCUCUGGAUACCCAUAUACCUGAGCCAAGACUUUUUAUAAAAUCACGAAAUACUCAACAGAAAAACAAAAAUGGGGAGAGACGAUUUCAAAGUUCGGCUCCAGCCACAAGAAGUGGCCAACCCAAAGAAUCCAAAUUACAAGAAUGCAGCCAAAAUAUUCAUACAUCCCUCGACUUUCGCCUUAGGAGGUUUUACUACAGCAUACCUCUGUAAUGUCGAGACAGAUAGUGCCAAUCGAUGGGAGGCCGUGGCCUGGCCGGCUCCAGACAAAAACGUCGCAAACAACAUUAUAUCAGUUAGUAGGGUUUUCCAGAAGUUAGCCAGCCUAGAACUCGGCCAGGUGGCUAAAGUUACCCCGGGCAAUGGCCCCGUUCCCGACGCUGGGGUCGUUAUUAUGAAAGAAACGACCCCUGAAGCUGCUCCAUUGCCCAGCUCAGAGCAGACGAGAUGGCAAUACCACCUCGAAAGCCGACUAGAGGUAGCUGAAUAUAUCUUACCGGGCCUAUCAUUCGAUGACGUUGUCUUAAAUGGCUCAAGGCGCUCAUUCGUAGUCACUUCUAUAAACGGUAGAGCUGAUGGUGUUGCUAAAUACGCCCCUGGAACUACCGUUGUUGAAUUUUCCAAUGAUGAAGCGAGCCAGACACGGGGCAAGUUAGAAGUCAGCUCGCUCCCCGGUAUGAGCCGACAAAUAGAUGAGCUUAACGAAUUUUUCAAUGACUUCGAUGUUGAAUUUGAAGGAUUUACUAUACCGACUUAUUCAUGUGGCAUCAUUAUCCACGGGAGCCAUGGGACGGGAAAAUCGAUGUUACUGGAUCAUAUUGCUGCCACUAACUGGGGCAGAGUUAUUCGGUUAACUUAUAGUGACAAAUCGUCAACUAUUCAGUCUCAUUUCAAAACUGCACUAGAGCAACGCAGUCCGACGAUUAUUUUGAUAGAUGACAUAACGAGGUUAAUCGGAAAGGACCAAGCAAAUCGCCUUGUUAUGGUCGAAACUAUUGGCGAGGGACUUGACGCUCUGACAAAUAAGGCACGCCAACAAAAUAAGAGACCGCAUGUUCUAGUGGUUGCGGCGUGUCUCGACUUCCUGAAUGACAUCCCUCUUGCGCUUCAGCGCCCUGGUCGGUUUGAGGAACACAUUGCUCUUCCCGUCCCGGAUGCCCAAGGCCGCAAAGAAAUUAUCCGUUAUCAUAAGCCAACCUUUGCCUCUGACGUAUUCGAUCAGUAUGUCUCAGACCUUGGCGACCGUACACAUGCAUAUACUGGUGCCGAUUUAAGAAAAGUCCUCUACAAGGCUACCAAAGCAUGGAAAAAGCGAGUAGGGAAACCCUCAAAGACGGAGCCCCUAACAUGGGAAGAUGUUACAAAGGGACUACAGGAGGUGCGGCCUACCGCCAUGCAUGACAUCAACCUCAAGCCACCAACAGUACGCUGGAGUGAUAUUGGCGGUUAUGAAGAUGUCAAAAUUGCCUUACAAAGAGUGCUUCGGCAUCCAACGGGUCCCCGUGCCCGCAUGUCAAAGCCGCCGAAAGGUGUCUUACUCUACGGACCACCCGGCUGCUCCAAGACAAUGACGGCACAAGCCAUGGCCACCGAAUCCGACUUCAACUUCUUCGCCGUCAAAGGUGGAGAACUUCUCAAUAUGUACGUAGGUGAGACAGAGCGCUCUAUCCGGAACUUAUUCAAACGCGCCCGCGAAGCAAGCCCCAGCAUCAUAUUCUUCGAUGAAUUCGACUCGAUCGCCGGAUCGCGUUCUGCUUCCGGUGGUGGCGGUUCUAGUGGCGGGGUACAAGCUCUCACUACCCUGUUGACGGAGAUGGAUGGUUUCGAGCGCAUUGGAGAAGUAUUUGUCCUUGCUGCGACGAAUAAACCGGAGCUAUUGGACUCAGCAUUACGAAGGCCGGGGCGGUUUGAUGAGUUGAUUUAUGUGCCGCUGCCUGAUGCACGGGCUCGAGAAGCUAUUUUCGUUAGCAAGUCAAGGGAGUUACAAUUUCCCGAUGGCGUUGACGCCACGGAGUUGGCACAGUAUACAGAUGGUUACUCCGGUGCGGAGAUUGCACGUAUCUGCGACAAAGCGUUUUGGGAUGCAGAUGAUGCGGAUGGGGAAGGGGAGAAACCGGCUAUGGAAGUGCUGCAUGCAGCGAUUCGGAAGACGCCUAAGUUGGUCACGCAGGAUAUGUUGGAUCAUUAUAGGGAAUGGGGAGAGUCGUUUAGGUCAUAGGAUAUCUAAAUACAAAGUUAUGCCAUUACUUGAUUUGCACAUAUGUGCCAUCCUAUGUGUUAUCUCUAAUUGUUCCUAAGGUCUAAGGAACUGCAAGGUGGGAUUUGAGCAUUGUUGAGGGCAGGGGGAAAAAAAAAAAAAGAAGUAUGAAGAAUAUUACGAAGGCUGGGGCAGGCGGAUUCAAUUAUAC